CUCUGAAUGCAGCGCUGUGAUUGGACGAUGGCUGCUCGUCAGGAAGAAAGGGCUGCUGUGUUGAGGCCGAAAACUCAAGACACAAGAAGAACCUGGACGACACUGGAGUACCCCUGUGGAAGGGAUAUAUAGUCUGCUGGACUCUCGGAGGGCGUUUUUCACCAGCUGAGCUUCAGCGGCGCACAGACCGGGUCUCCGCGCUCCCGCUGCCGAGGCCGCCGCUGCUCUGGUUCUCCCCUCCUAUGUUGUGUCGCUGCCUGCUGGCCACAGUAAUCCAAACCCGCUGCUAUUAAUGACACUGAAGGGGGACUGAAUCUGCUGUGCGGCGACGCAGCCACCAGACCUGUCUGAGAUUUAAAUCUUAAUCCAGUCCGGAGGAAACAUAACGGCUCAGCUGUUGCUGCCGGUUGUGGGGGCUGCCGGACCGGAGAAACAUCCCGAAAAAGCUCCAACUACACGGAGUAGUCUCGUUUUGCGCAAGAACUGUUGUGAGUGACCUGUAGUUCUGGUCUCCUUUUGAAGCAGCGCCGUGGGCUUGAUCACUGAGGAUUUAUUGGAUCACGGCAUGUUAAAAGCAGCAGUUUGAAGCCCCGCAUCAGUGCCAUGAAUCAAUCUGGACAACAGCUGCUACCCACAUAGAGGUCACUUUACCUCUCUUUCCAUUUGCUUCGGUUCAGAGGAUGCUGGGAAUGUGUCGCGGGCGCAGGAAGUUCCUGGCGGCCUCCCUCGCCCUGCUGUUCAUCCCAGCACUCACCUGGCUUUACCUGUCAGUCGGCGGCUUUCAAGUGAAGCCCCUCCCCCUGUCUCCAUUGGAAGCCCAGUCAUCAGCGCCGGUGGGCGGAGCUGGCGAGCGGCAGGCCUUAGAGCUGCGGGUCCGGGCAGUGGAGGAAGAGAAUCGGGCACUGCGCCGGGAGCUCAGCCGGCCACCCAGGAGCCCGUCGGCGCGCCUUCCAAACAGUGGUCACCGUGGUAACCAGAGCCGAACCCAUUCAGAGGAGGGCACCGGUGACAAUGAGGGUCAGAAAGCUGCUGCAGUGGGGAACAGCUCAGACUGUGUGCAGCAGCCAGUGGUGGAUAAGUGUGAGACCAUCCAUGUGGCCAUCGUAUGUGCAGGUUACAACGCCAGUCGAGACGUGGUGACACUGGUUAAAUCUGUCCUUUUCCACAGGCGGAACCCACUACAUUUCCAUUUCAUCACAGACUCCAUUGCUCAGCAGAUCCUGUCCUCUCUAUUCCAUACCUGGAUGGUUCCUGCUGUCAGAGUCGACUUCUAUGACGCAGAUGAGCUGAAGUCUGAGGUGUCAUGGAUCCCCAACAAGCAUUACUCUGGAAUCUACGGCCUGAUGAAGCUGGUGCUCACUAAGACGCUGCUGUCCGACCUGCAGAGAGUCAUCGUCCUGGACACAGACAUCACGUUUGCCACUGACAUUGCUGAACUCUGGGCUGUCUUCCACAAGUUCAAAGGUCAGCAGGUUCUGGGUCUGGUGGAGAACCAGAGUGACUGGUACCUGGGGAACCUGUGGAAGAACCAUAGACCCUGGCCAGCUCUGGGAAGAGGCUUCAACACUGGGGUGAUUUUGCUUCUCCUGGAUCGUCUACGGAAGCUGAGAUGGGAGCAGAUGUGGAGGUUGACUGCGGAGAGGGAACUAAUGAGCAUGCUGUCCACCUCCUUGGCAGACCAGAAUGAUGUCCACAUGGCCUUUGGGUCACACAGUAGGCCCCGCCAGGAUUCAAGGAUGGCACUAAAAGAGUUAAGUGACAGCGUCAAACUGACCUAG